GAAGAAAACACGUUCGCGCGCUACCCGUAAUAAAGAAGAAGAAGACGGUAGUCAAGAUGGCUGCCAGCUGGGUGUCUCCUCGUCUGUCCUCCGUCACCUGCCUCCUGCUGGCGCUGGCACUGAUUCCUCGCGCCGCCCAGGCGUUGACCUGCUCGGUGUGCAACUCGGUCUUCGACAAGGACUGCCUCACCUCACCGCAGAAUUACGUCAAGGAGUGCGUGGCACCUCCGCAGUACAACAGCAGCGAUUACCCGCCCUUGUGCCGGAAGAGCAGGCUCGUGGUGUACAAGCCCGAAAUGCCACUGCGGGUGUCGCGCUCCUGCGGCUACCUCAAGGACUUGCACGAUAAGGACUGCCGUGAUGUUUACCCAACGGGCAUGUUCCUCGAGGUGUGCCAGUGCUUCACGGAUGCAUGCAACGCGGCGCCACCGUCACUGCCCUUCGGCGCCGGCGCCACCUGGCGGACGUGGUGGUGGCCAGCCGUGACCAUCAUCUUAGCGCUGUUUCAGUGACGCCGAGUAAAACAGCGCGGCCCCCGUGUCAGUGUCGUUGAGUUCUUUGCGCGGACGUAACCACUCGGUUGACGGCGCGGCGACGAUGACGCGAGAAAGGCCUCGUUGCUCGUCCCAUUAUUUGCGCUGUUCGCAAUGUCGACUGCUAAACAACUAUCCCAUCUUCGCGCUCUCGUCCCGCUGGUCAGAAAUGAGUGCAGUUGUGAAUGAAAAGUCUCAGUUUCGCCCAAAAGACGGAAGCAUUGAUUGCGAUAACGAUGUAUUACCCAAGUGCACGAGUCAACUUGAAAAGAAGACGCAAUAGGAGAACGGCCUCGCGAGGCUCGUGCUCGCCUUCACAGAAGAAGAAAACGUCACGCGGAGUGCGGCCGCGUUCUGCCCCGCUGGAACGUCUGGAAAAACCCAGCCCCCGGUCGCGCCAUGGAGAAGAGCCCCUUCACCGCCAGGGACUUCGUGGUGGAGAGCGUCCUCAACUACUUGGAGACCGAGGAGCUCUUCACAUGCGCCGAGGUGAACCGGUUGUGGCAGGCGGUCGCCCUGUCCCUGCUGCGAAGGAAGCUGGUCUCCAUCUCCGUCUGCUGCACGCCGGACUCGGAGCGGGCUACCCCCGCCUCAGCACUGGGCAGCUCGCACGUUUCGUUGACAUCUUCUGCUCCAAGUUUUCGCGCUUCCGAAACAUCGCGCGCAUGGCAGGACUGCGACCAUCGCUGGUUUUCCUCUCCCACCACGCCGAUCUCGGCGAGGACAAGCGAGUGGUGGAGCGCCUGCGCGAGUUCCUGCCCCCGGACUCAGUCAUCGUGUAUUUCAAGCUGGAGCUCGUCCCAACCGUGAACGACACCGAGGAGGCCACGCACGAGGGCAUCUUCGGCGAGUUCCUGUUCCGCGUCGAGGACGACGCAUCCGCGAAGGCGCCAGCCACCACCUCCGAAGAGGCCGAUGACCAGCCGUGGCAACAACCAGAUGGCGCCAUCCCCGGGCCGUCGUGGUGGCGCCCACGGGUCCAAGAGACGCAGUCCGUGCCGCCAUCGGGCCUUGCUACAGACCUGCCCGGGCCGUCCACCGCAGUGGCACCGCUGUGCCCGUGGCCUCGCCGUCCGCGCCUGGCGCCGGGCGGCGAGCGAGGUGCGUUGUUUCGCAACGUGCUCCCGGGUGUGCUCGUGUUCCAGGCGCUGCACGUGACCGCGGCUAACAUCGAGGGCAACGCGGUCACGUCGUUCUUCACGGAGGAAGCCACCGGCAGGACCAUGCAGGUGACGUCGGCGGCUGUCUUCAGCGUCAUGCCGAGCAGCCAGCUGGAGCCGCUCAUGGGCCGGCUGAGCGAGGAGUUAGGCUCGACCGACGACGCCAUCGCCGUGGUGUUCCCGCGCAACCAGGACGAGGUGCUCGGAGAACUGGAGGCGUUCGAGCGCGACUUCCCCUCCGUCCCGGCGCUGGCGAACCAGGCCACCGAAUUCAACGUGGACGGCCAGUACGCGCCCAUGAGCAGGCUCAAGGUGAUCCUGCUGCUCAUCAAGCUGCUCGACUGAGCCCGGUGAGCGGUGUAUCGCAAGCGAGACAGAGCUUGGUCACCAGGCCCUUCUCCACCCACCGACCACGCCAUCGAAACUGAAUUGUAUAUAAUAUGUAAAUUAGAUAUUACCAUAAAGAGCGCCUUAUUUGCCCCACUCA